AUGGUUUGCAGGUUUCCAAGUUCAGGGCCGAAUAUGACAGACUCUUCUUUUCCUCAGCGGAAGUCAUUACCCGAAGGGAGUUUGAUCGCUGAUGUAGGGAAUGGGUUCGAAUCGCGUUUAGUCAAUGACAUGAGUAAAGUGAGUUGUAACGAUUGUCGUGAUUUGGUGGAAGUGCCAGGUGGAUCGGAAUGGAAAUUGAGAUGUUUGGCGGAGUCAUUUCCUCAAUAUUGCUGGAAAUAUGCUGAAGCGCACGUAAUCACGCAAUAUCACUGCUACAUGGCCGGUAUUAAAAAUGCUCCUGCGAGACAAUCUACUGCUACGCUCCCAAUUUUUUAUGCAAAACUACCGAAUUCAUUUUCACCUUAUGACUUCAGUAUACAUCCAAAAGCAUUGUGUCGAGCUCGCAAGCGAUUGUAUCAGCAACUUCAAACUACAUACGACGAGAGAAAUGAUUUUGUGGUUAUUCGUGAUGAAUUAUGCAUCGGUGCAGCAUGUGUAGUUUUGCUCAAUAAUGUUGAUUGGGUGCGUGCGAAAAUCUUAAAAUUGACUAAAGGAAACGAUGUAAUAGUGGAUCUUGUGGAUGUUGGUAUUGAUAAUAUAGUCAGUAUACAGGAUAUUCGACCUCUCUUAAAAGUAUUUGGACGUUUACCUCCUCUUGCUUUACGUUGUCGAAUGCAAGAUGUUGAUAUGAAUGACUUGACAGCAGAGAAAGUGAGUGCAUUUCAAAAUUUGGUGAAUAGUUGUGGUAAUCUGGUACGAGUAGAGCUUACAAACGUUUCUACUGUACCGUUUCUUGUUAAUUUGUACCAUCCUACAAUACAAGGCAAGAAUCUUGGGGAAUUAUUUUAUUCACAUAAAGGAAGAAGUAAACGAAAAGCAUCAGGAGGAAGACGAAGUAAUGCAAAAUUAGCUCAAGAGGUAUAUUUUGUUGAUGUUGUGUUAUUUAUUCUUGAUUGGUUACAGAAACCAGUUUCAAGUGAAUCAUUGUAUAUUUCUCAUGUCGAAAAUAUUCGAUUCAUUUAUUUACAUAGCAGUUAUCACAAGAAAGCAAUCAAAGAAUUAGAAAAAAAGUUACUAAUAAAGUGGUCUGAAUUGAAAAUCGUCUCUGAGGAAUGGUUGGCGCAAGGAGUAGCAUGUGCUUAUUUUUCGACCUGCUCAAUGCUUGCUCCUGUGCGUGUUAUCGUUGCGAAAGUUACAAAGGAGAAAUUGUGGGUACGUAGUGCAGAUCAUGGAUGGAAGAAAUGUUUAUGGAAAUCUGAUUGUCUUUCUUGCAGUUUACGUUGUCUAAGUAUUGAAUUCUCGGAAGCACCACUCAUGUAUCUGUGUCGAUUGCCGACAUCCAUGACAUACUACCCGCAUCAAUCUGAAACCGAAAUCUUACGAAAUAUCUUACAAAACGAUAGCAAGAUUUGUAUUGACCGUCAUCGAUCAAAACGGAUGCCAUAUAAAGUUUCGAUUUUUCUUGAAGAUGGAAGUUUUUCUGCAGCACGAUACUAUAAAGAAGCCAAUUUCAGCAAGGCUAAAAAGCAUGUGAUACAUCCAUGUUUCGACUUAGUGCCGUAUAAAUCUUCCAUAUUCACUCAACUUUACAAACCUGACAGUGAUUAUCAAGAGGACUUGGAAAUUUUUCAGCCAUUUGCGAAAGGCUGUUUAGGGUAUGAAGUAUUAUAA